AUGUUAGUUGCUGGUCAUGAAACGACUGGAUCGGUGUUAACUUGGACGGCUUAUCUACUUAGUAAGGACCCAUCAUCUUUAAGGAAAGCACAAGAGGAAGUCGAUAGAGUUUUACAGGGCCAGCUUCCCACAUACGAAGACAUAAAGAAUCUCAAGUUCUUGACCCGCUGUAUAAUGGAGUCUAUGCGUCUAUAUCCUCAUCCACCUGUCUUGUUACGAAGAGCUGAGGUGGCAGAUGUGCUACCUGGCAACUACAAAGUCAAUGCAGGUCAAGAUAUCAUGAUCUCUGUGUACAAUAUUCAUCACUCUUCGCAGGUUUGGGAAAGAGCAGAUGAGUUUGUGCCGGAAAGAUUUGAUUUAGAAGGCCCGGUUCCUAACGAAACAAAUACGGACUUUAGAUUUAUCCCAUUCAGUGGGGGCCCGCGUAAAUGUGUUGGAGAUCAAUUUGCUUUACUUGAAGCCAUUGUAUCGCUUGCUGUACUUUUGCAACACUUGAGCUUCGAGUUGGUCCCUGACCAAACUAUCGGCAUGACCACUGGAGCCACUAUACACACCACAAACGGUUUAUACAUGAAAUUGAGUCAAAGGCAAACCGUGCAGAAUUUUGUCUCGGCAAAUUUGUCCAGUUGA